AUGGCCCCAUAUCCAUUUACGGUUCGGAGAGAUAUUGUUAUUGCAUGUAUUGCAAUACAUAAUUAUCUUCGAAGAACAAUUGUUACUGAUGACUUUUUUGAACAAUUUGAUGGUGAUUAUGUGAUGCAUCAAACGCCAAAUGUUACUGCAAAUUUACCAUUCAUCGGAGGAGGGGCGCAAGCACGAGCCGAUCAAACAUUUAUGAUUAAUUUGCAAGACCAAAUUGCAAAUGAAUUGAAUAAUUAUGAGCCACUACCAAUUGAAUCAUCAGCACAGUUGCAUUUACAAGCACGAAGUUACACCACAACUGGAUUCGGGUUACAUGUUUGGGUGAGGGAGAUGCAAAGGGCGGCUCGACAACAGUGGAAGGUGGUGGAAGAAAAUGUAAAAGGAAUUGUGGUACCAAAUGUUGAUCAGUGUAGCCUAGGUGUUGUAACAUAU